UACCCCAGCUCCCUCCCAUUCCUCUCUAUAUGUUGUGUGUACUCUAACCCUAAAACCAGCCUUGCCUCGCACGAGACGUUUAACUGCCAGCCAUCACACAUUCCAUGGAGGGAAGAUGGGGCUGUGGAUGCUUCUCCUUCUGCAUUUACACCUUGGGGUGUGUGUUUCCCUCCCUGCGCCUUCCAACGUCUCCAUCUCCUCCUUCAACAUGGAGCACACGCUCCGCUUCCUGCCUGGCCUCGACACCCCCUCUGACGCCCACUUCGCCGUUCAAACCUCCAGCCUCAGGAGAAGGAACGUAUGGAGGCCAGUGGCUGCUUGUUCGCAGCUGACGGCCGGACAGCCGUGUAAUCUAACCAGAGCGUUCAAGGACCCGUUCACUCACUACCAAGCCCGCGUCCAGGCCUUCACAGCCACCCAGGCGUCCCCGUGGACCGUGUCUGGCCAGUUCCUGCCUCUGUCAGACACUGUGCUGGGACCUCCGGAGGUGUCUGUGUCCGGCUGUGGGAACUGUCUGCUCCUGCACAUCGGAGUCCCAACAACAUUGGGGCGGCUGAAAGACAUCCACCGUCAACUCGUCCUCCGUGUGCAAAGAACCAGGGAUGGUGUGGAGUUCACGAUGAGUGUGCCUUACGAGGAGGAGCACGUGAUCGGGUACCUGCAGCCGGGGGUGGAGUACUGUGUGAGCGUCUCUGUGACAUCGUUCUUCAACACCAAGCCUGUCUCCAGUCAGCCUCACUGUGCCCUCACCAGCCCUCCUCCGUCCAGGAGAUCACUGUAUGUGGUCUUCAGCCUGGUGGCGGCUUUCUGUGCCCUGGGCUUCCUCGUCACAGGACUGGUCAUCUACAGCGGUCAGCUGAGCUUUGAAUUACUCAGAGAACGCCUCCCCAAAACCCUGUCAUACGUCCUCCUCCAGUGCCAGACUGGUGGAAGUGCUCCGGUCCAACUCUCUGACUGUUCAUCCACUGAGGAGCAGCUCUGAGGAAGGACAGGAAGACAGCCGCGUGGCUCUGAAAUCAAAUGUUUCAAGCCGUUUAAAGUGUUGCAGAGGGACAGGAUGUAAGCUGGAGACCAGCGGAGCUUGUUUAAGUGGAAUUGGUUUGGUUGUCUGGUUUUGAGAAAAGGUAGAAGUUGAGGGGUAAAGUUUAUGGUUUACUAUCAGAGUGAGAUGUUUUUGUAAAUUGUUAUUAUCCUGUUUCUAUGCCAAUAUUUCUAAUGUCCUCUGAUUCUUCUUCUGACUUUCCUAAAAUUUGUUUGAGAUGGAUGAAGUUGCUGUCUGUUAAUGGUUUCCUUCUGCUGCUGUGACUUCAUUUCCUAAUAGAACUUUUAUAAUUCAUUGAAUAACUACAUCAAAUGAGUAUGAACAGAACAGAAAUCAAAAGUUCACUUUAGAUUUAAAGUAGACUGAUGCAUUAGACCCUGAACAACCAAGUCAUAGGAAUAGGCAUAAAACUUUAGCAUAGUUCAUGCAUUAGUUUGAGUAUUAUUACUGCAUGUACUUGUUUUAUUAUUGUAAUUUUACUUAAAUGCUGUGAUUUUUUUUUUCCUUUUUCUGUGACUCUUUUCUUUGUUACUGUUCUUACAUGUAUUUUUCUUGAGUGCAAUAUAAUCAUAACCAUCUAGUGAAUAAAGCAUGGUAUCCUGUA